GAGUUUUUAUUAACCCCCACACCUAUCAUGUCCAUUCUGUCAACAUCUAUGCCACAUUGGUGCAUUGUGUGGUUUUGUCCAUAGAUAUUAGAAAGCUAGAUCCCAUAUUGGGCUCCAGAUCGUACGUAAAUAGCAUCGUCAUCUUGGUGGGGGCAACAAUUACUGGAGGCCAAAGGAGGAGCAUGUGACUCUGACUGGAAAUCAGACAGGUGUCUCUGAUUGCCAGCAAGUGUUGCCCAUAGACAGUAAAGGCGUUUGCGCCCAGUAAUAUGGCGGCCACGUUCAUGUAUGCCACUAGAACUUGACAGACAAUGUGGUAUGUAGCUUUAAUAUCUAUGGUUUUGUCAUUGAAGGUCUGCUCGAUUUGAUACAGUAGCAUAACUUUAAAGUCAUGAUGACAAAAAGAAAAUUAAGUGAUUGUGGUUAAUUCUCUUUACAGAUUCAAGAAAUUUAUAUUUUAUCUAGGCCUACUUGUGAAUAUUUAAUCUGUACAACAGAAUACAACAUACUACUCAAACAUAUACUGUCAUUAUGUCUUUAGAAUUACAAUAUUGUUGUAAAUGUGACCGUAGUUUAAUGUUUGGGCAACUACAUUUUGGAGCCUCUCUGUGUUUGUUUGUGUGUGUGUGUGUGUGUGUGUGGGUGGGGGCAUGCAACAGGCCAAUGAACAAUCAGACUUAUCAAGAGGUGUGUGUGUGUGUGUGAGAGAGAGAGAGAGUGUGUGUGUGUGUGAGUGAGUGAGUGAGUGAAAAGGGGUGGGAGAGACAGAGAGAUAAGGUAUGGAACAGUUGCUUAUCAAGUCGUGUGUGUGUGUUUGAGAGGUGUUUUCUCUCCUAUGUGUCUUAGAAACAGAGACAAAAGCCAUGGUGAGUUCUGAUCAUUGCCAGCUCAUUCAUGGUUGUUUCAUUAAGGCUAAAUGAUUUUAUUUAUCAUUGUUGCUGAUGUAUUUGUUAGUACUACAAUGUAUUUUAAUAUGUAAUGUAUGUAUUUCACCUCUGGGGAAUAACUUGUAAAUAUAAUAAGUUUGUACAUGGUAUGCAGCAGACAUAAAGUAGAUAUUUUAAGUCCAGACUUAACAAUUCUUAGUGUUGUCUGUCUCUAGUUCGCUUAUGUGUCAUGCAAAAGACACAUUCACACCACACUACAAAUAUAGCCUCAUUUUGUGUGUGUGUGUGUGUGUGUGUGUUAUUAUUUACGUUCUUGACCGCUGUGGUUUAGCAGCAAAUACAGGAUAUGAAAAGUGGAACUACCAACGAGGGCCAGUUUCUGUCAGAAGCGAUAUCACAGUCGGGAUCAGUCUGAGUCAUUAUCCGUAACUGGUGGUAUGAGUCAGUAUGCGAAACCCUUGCGGUGCGGUCGGUGCUGAGGAGAGAUAGCGUAAAUAGACAAUGAUCUCUGGAGUUUGAGCUACGCUUCCUGGAAUUUACCGUGCGUAAAAAACACAACUGUUUUAGGCUACCGCGGGUGUCACUGGCUAAUGGCUAUUUGGUUUAAGGAAACCAGCUGUGUGAAGUUUUCGAAGACCAUAUGUUUUUAACGCGGGGGAUGUGCUCACCUUGGCACCAGGAAGUAUGCGUUUAACAACACCCCUUUUUACCCAGCCCACGAGUAAAAACUCUCCAGACCGUUGACAUAGUAGGGCGUUCUGCAGAUGUAUCUAUGUGUUAUCAGUUCGUGUUUUGCCGUGUAGGCUACCAGGUUUAACCACCUCGUCAAGUCCGUCGUGGGAAAUGUUUGCAUCGCUUUGAAUGAUUGUUUGGAAGCGGAGGGUUGACCAGCAAUAACCUAUGCGUAAAACAAGAAGAGCAGAGAUCGUUGUUUUUGGGGAACAGAACAGACAGUAGUUAAAGAGUUAUGAAGAUUCAUGGGAAGAUUUUGAACCAUUACCUCUCCUGCAGUUCAUCCACGGACAAAGAGGGAUAUCUGUACAAAAAGGGUGAGGUGAACACAUCCUAUCAGAGGCGCUGGUGCAUCUUGAAGGGGAACCUGCUGUUCUACAAGGAGCGUCCAAGCGAGCGAGACGUUGCGGGCGUCAUCGUGCUGGAGGGGUGCUCCGUGCAGCUGUGCGAGUCCGAGGAGAAGUUCGCCUUCUCGCUGGUGUUCAGCGAGCCGGGCCUGCGCACGUACAAGUUUGCAGCCGAGGACCAGGCCAGCCUGGAGGGCUGGAUUAAAGCCUUACUGUUGGCCAACCAUGGCUACCUCGCACUGCUCGUGAAGGACCUGCAGGAGCAAUACCUUGAGGCUGCUUGUGCAGCUGGAGAGACCCCAGCAGACCCACAGUGCCUGGGGGGAGACGGCUUGGCCCAGUCCCACUCUCGAGGCCUCAUUCCGUGGUCCAUCUUCUACACCAGCCCCCCUGCCCCGGAGGCGAGGGACUCUGUGGACCUGGGUGCUCCGCAGCAGCUGCUCCUGAACGCACCCACCAACGCCAAGGCAGCCAAUAAGAAGUCUCCAAAGCUGUGGCCCAAACGGAACGCGCUGGUCGCCCCAAUCAAUGGCCCCGCCCCGCCUCAGGGGGUGUGGUCAGACCCCACGGAGGACUUUAGGCAAAUGCAUGAGGAGUUCGGGAAGGAAGUGAAAGAACUGAUUGCUGAUUGGUCAAAGAGGAAACCGGAAGAGGCUUCAGUGCAAGGUGAUUUGAUUGAUCUGAGCUGAUACCAAAAUAAUAACGUCAAAAUAAUAUGUCAGAAGCAGAAUACCAUAUAUUUUUUUGAAAUAUUUAAGAACUUAAAAUCGUAAUUGUAAAUUAAAAUCUGUAUUACCAAGGAAUUAAUAUUAAUGCACAGUCUUUCCAGAUUGGGCCUGAACUAAGCUAUGGUACAUUUACAUUUGUUUUGUGUUGUUGUUUGUUUUCAUUAGCGUACAUCAACAGAUGGCAUAGGCACUGUAAUGUUCUUAAUAUGCACUAAAUUGCACUUAACGUUGUAGUCCCAACACUGCAUGUCUUAGUACUGUGACGUGAAGAGAGAAGUAGAGUAUCUUGGUGUCUGAUAUAGUGGGGACCCAGCAUACCGUGACUCACUUGCCGUUGUCUGGUAGCAGGUGCCAUCGGGAGACAGUCGGAGCAAGCUCUGUUUCAAUUUCAAUUUUCAAUUUCAAUUUCACAGAGUGUUAAAACAUUCAAUGCACUCCAUGCACGACUCCAUUUUGGAUUGGCUUGUACUGGCAUAUCAACUUCCUGUUUACAUUAAUACAUUGGCAGAUAUGUCUCUUUUCUAUAGUCACUGUCUUCAAAACCUUGUCUCGCGUCUAAUGUAGACCGACUUUGUGAAAAUGUGUGCCACUCACUCCAGCACGGAAAAGAGUUUAAAAUGUUCUUUAGCUUAAUCAAGCAACUUAUGUCAUUGAACUGGUUACAUAACUUUAGCUAUGGUGAUCAACUAGCAAUAGCCUACAAUAUUAAAACUUAGAGGCCAGUAAACUGUUAUUUUCUGUCAUAGCCUGUACAGUGAAACAGGAAGUUGAUUGCCCAGUAGGAAGCAAAUCCAAAAUGGAGUCAUGCAUAGAGCCUAUAUUCGGCCCCAGAUCUGAUGGAUCAGUCUACUGAAAUCUGUGCCAGCUUAACUACACGUUUUUUAAAGUGGCAGUUCGUACAGUAAGACAUAUUGGGACAUAUUGAAAAGUGAUGCAAAGGUAGCUCAGUUUUUCAGUACACUUGUAUUAAAACUGUACUGUAAUCAUAAUUCAUAAACAUCAUACUAACAGACUGAUGAACAGAUAAUGAACCAUUCAUGACCAUUUUCAAUAGGCUCUGUGACUAUGCAAACUUUACUAUAAGCUAAAGAAUUGCCAAGAUGCAUGAGGUGCCAAAGUGGGUUUUUAAAAAUGUUUUGCCACAUGUGAAGCCUAACCCAAAUGCAUAGGGCCUGCUGUGCAUCACCCAUUGUGCUAUACAUUUAUGGUGGUUAGUGAGGUUCACCAUUCACUGUAAAACACGUUGGGUGCUUGAAAAGUUUGAAAAGUGCUAUUUAAAUGCAGUGAGUUCAUUCAUGUGUUGUUGCUAAAAUAUUGUGUGGCAUUUUUUGAUUGAAUGUAGACAUUUUGUUAUACCAAAAAGUCCUUAAUUUAAGACAAGUUAAUGUGUUUAUUAGUUUUAUGAUAUUUAAUUUUGAUAGCUGAAUUAUGGUUUGAUGUAGACUAUUAUUUUAUUAGAUGCAUAUUUAUAAUCCUGAAAUUCUGUUUGGUGUAUAUGAGUUAUGUUAACUGUCAUAUAGUUGUGUUUGAAUCCAAAUUUACAAGCCAAGCCAUUAAAAGCGUAGUUUCACAAUCAGAGUUUUUACUGUACUGUUCGUACUACACUUUGUACACACUGACAUUGUUACAGUAUAAAGAAAAUAAAGGCUUUUAACGCAUUGUGCAAAGGACAAAUGGCCACUGUA